AUGCAUCUCUGCUUAAUUCCAUCACAUGAUGAGUCCCGGGGCCCUUCAUUUAAUGGGAGAGCGGAGCGGCGGGGCAGCUUCACUCUCGCUCCCGCCGGCACCGGAGCGGUCUCGGCGCGCAGCUCCGGCAGGACCCGGCCCGGCUCUGGAACCAUGGGCGCCGCUCGGCCCCUCGCCCUGCUGCUGCUGCUGCUGCUGCCGGCCCAGGGGCUGCUCUACGCUGCCGCCACACGGUUUCAAGAUGUGUUGAACCAUGGAAGCACUUCUCCUGUGACAUCCUACAAGAAGCUACAUGGCUGGUCUAGUGAUCAAAAUAAAUGGAAUGAAAAACUUUAUCCUUUCUGGGAAGAAGGAGAUCCCAGAUGGAAGGACUGCUGGAAAGGCGGAAGGGUGACAGCCAAACUGGACAGUGACAGCCCAGCACUGGUAGGAUCCAACGUGAGCUUCACGGUGACUCUCCAGUUUCCCAAGUGCCAGACAGAAGAUAAUGAUGGCAACAUUGUAUACAGGAGAAACUGUACCCGGGAUCCUCCAGCUUCCAUGGAUCAGCAAGUCUAUGUCUACAACUGGACUGAAUGGACUGACAGCUGUGGCUGGGAAAACUGCACAAGCAACCACAGCCACCAUGUAUUCCCAGAUGGGCGUCCUUUCCCUCAUCACCCGGGCUGGAGAAGAAGGAACUUUGUCUAUGUGUUUCACACUUUUGGUCAGUAUUACCAAACAACGGGACGAUCUUCAGCAAAGUUUUCAGUGAACACAGCAAAUAUCACCCUUGGUGAACACGGGAUGGCAGUGUCCAUUUACAGGAGAGGCCACUCAGGAUUUGUUCCGGUUGCAAGAGCAAAAACCACCUACUCUGUGACAGACAAAAUUCCAGUAAUUGUGAGUAUGUUCCAAAAACACGACCGCAACAUCUCAGACUCCAUUUUCAUCAAAGACUCACCAAUUACAUUUGAUGUGAAGAUCCACGAUCCCAGCUACUAUCUGAAUAAUUCUGCCAUCUCCUACAAGUGGAACUUUGGAGAUGGAAGUGGCUUGUUUGUAGCCAGUGGUUCUAGUACAUCUCACACCUACACUCUGCAAGGAAACUUCACUCUGAAUUUAACUGUCCAAGCCAUUAUACCUGUACCUUGCAGGCCAGUAACACCCACUGCACCACCACCCACCUCAGCAGCUCCAACAGGAGCAUCUUCUGAUUCUGACUCUUCUCCCACUGUGGAGUCAGUGCAGGACAAUCCUGAUGGAGGCUGCCACAUUUACAGAAAUGGAUACUAUGGAAGCAGUAUUGCUGUUGUAGAGGGAAUCCUCGAGGUAAAUAUUAUUCAGAUGACAAGCAUCCAGAUGACAGAAAGUCAAGCUGAAAACUCACUGGUUGACUUUGUUGUUACCUGCCAAGGGAGUCUCCCCACAGAUGUCUGCACGGUGGUUUCUGACCCCACGUGCCAGGUGUCCAAGAGCAUGGUGUGUGACCCCAUCGACGUCACAGAUGAGUGCUUACUCACCAUCAGGAGAGCUUUUGAGGAACCUGGGACCUACUGCAUAAACAUCACCCUGGGUGAUGACACAAGCCAAGCCCUUGCCAGUGCCCUGAUCUCUGUAAAUGGAGGAGCAUCAUCUGGAACAACAGCAGGUGUCUUUAUCUUCCUUGGCUUGUUGGCAGUGUUUGCUACCAUUGGGGCAUUUGUCCUUUACAAGAGAUACAAGCAGUACAAGCCCAUUGAGAGGAGUGCAGAGCAAACACAGAAGCAGGAGGGAUUUACUGCUUACUUCAGCACUUUCAAAGCUGUUUUCUUCCCUAAUAGCACUGAGAGAAAUCCUCUGCUGAAGAGUAAACCUGGCAUUGUUUAAACCUUUAGUGUAACACUGACUAUUAGAUUAAGUACAGCACUUGUAUCUGAACUAUACUUUAAUGAAGCUUUCUUCUUGUUAUAAAAAAACCCGAGGGAGUAAGGGGAAAGCACAUGUAGAUAGGAUGCUAACUUUUGGGGCUUGGUGCAAUUAGCAAUAUUAAAGUAGUCUUUUGUAGAAAAACGAGGUAGUUUUAAGCACUUGCUGUUCUUGCUUGUGAUGUAGGAUACAAUCUUCUGAAUUACUAAUACCCCCCACCCCCUUAUCUGGCUUUUCUUAUUUCUAGGUUAACAACGUGCAAAAUUAAUCACAUCCAAAAUCUGGAAGGGGGCGGGGGGGAAGGUAGAGAAGAAGUUAAUUAAAAAAAAAAAAAAAAGACAAAACCCCCCACAAACCAAUGAACUUGUAAACACUUAGCUUUUAUUGCUGCUUAGAGCCUUAGCAGGAUUCAUGUCUUUGCUGUAAAGAGAGACAUGGGGGGCAGGCAUGUGUUAUGUCCAUGGCCUAUUGCCAGGCAUUCCCAGGCACUGGCACUGAGCUGCUGCCACUGCUGCACUGCUCAGGAGGUCCUGGCACAGACUGGCCCCAGGCCAGCCAGCUCCCCACCAAGCAAACCCCACAUUCUGGGAACCACCAGAGGCACUGCCCCCACUGUGAGCUUGGCAGCAGCCACCCUGUGUCUCAGGGUUCAAUACCAUGGGUGCAGCUCAUUCAAUGCCAGCUGGCCUCAGGGCCAGAAAGCAGGGCUGGACACACUUAGCUUCCCACUGGACAUGGCCAGCCGUGCAUGAGCCUCACUAUAAACGAGACCACAGACACCCAGGCAACAAGAUGAGGCCCACUGGCUUGGCUCUCCCUGUUCAAACUUUGAGUUCCACGUAAAAUUCUGAGUUGCAGCUGCUGAUGCUGCCUUUGCCUCCUUUGCUUCCACUGGUCUUGAGACACUGGACUGGCACCACUGCUCCCAAGGGGGCAGAUAUGAUCUACUGUAAAAUAAUAAUCCACGUGACAUAACAUUGCAAUACAACAAUCUAUGUCCAAUGAAGGGUCAGCAGAAGAAGGGAUCUAGCAGGAAGGGGCAGCAUUCAACUGCCUUUUCCUCUUCUCUUUUCCUUUCUGUCUUUCCUGUUGUAAAGAGACAUUAAUUUCUGCUUGCUCCUCCAUCCCUCUGACAACUCAAUCAAAUAAACGAAAACCCCAAGAUAACUAAAACACUCUGCUCCAGUUUCUGCUUUGACAUGAUGCACCUUAGAAAAUGUAAAUUUAUGCAAAAUCAGUGUGCCUUCACUUGUUCACUCUAGCUGCAAUUCUGUUAAAAGAACUCAUUCUGAGGCCUUCCACAAGUGAUCUGGCCUCACAGCCACACGUGCUCAUCACUCAGCAUCAUGGCAUUUCACAAACUGCUGAAGGCUGGCUCCUUGCAUGAUGAGAAAAGGAGGGCAUCUUAAUUGCAGAAAGGGAGGAGGUUGCUAAAAAGGUUCAUGGAGAUGAGCAAACAGACCAAAAAUUCUUUAUAGCUCAUGUUUCAAAAAACUCCUUUGUUGUUAGCAAAGGUUAUGGCCAAAAUGGAGGCUGGGCAAAUGACCUUACAUAAUCCAUUUCUAAACACUGAAUUCUUUGAAGAUCUGUAUUUCAAUAUAAUUAGCUUAUUUAACAUGUCUUGAAAUAUCUCUGAUAUAUACUGUUUUCUGUUCCUGUGGCAAUACAUAAUUAUAAUUAUAAACAAAACAUAAUUAUAAAUUUCCCUAGUGUUUUAGCAGAUCUUCAAAAUGCUUGUCAUUUGUAAUCUGAAUCUAGUCUUCACUCCCCCUUCCCAGUGUGCACAGACACCUUCAAUGACUUAAGGAUAUUUUUUUAAAAAUGCAGACUCCAACAUACCUGUGAGAUUAAUUCUUUAGCUCUAAAAUUCAACAGUCCCUUUUCUUCUUUUGUUUCUAGGUUCUCUCAUUAUUUUAAUUCUUUUGUGGCUAUUUCAGCUGUAUUAUUAAAAGCAGUGUAUUUGCUAUUGUUCCAUCUUCCUCAUAUGUAACAUCCUAUUGUCUAAGAACUACCAUCUCAAGUUAUUUUCUGACUUAAACAGGAAACACAUUUUCUACAAAAAUUACUCUUUAAGUGUGUGCUCUGUUAUCAGUCAGGCAGGACUGUAAUUUGUAUUUGUUGCUCUAGCUUGAGGCAGGACAGGGGUUUAGUGGAAAGUUUAAGAUGACUUGUAAUGAAGCAUGAAAACAUAAAAUCUGUCACAGCUCAGGAUCAGUGAAGAUGCAGGCUCCCACCUGGGCUACAUGCAGAAAACAUCUUGUUUCUGCAAAAUGCUGCAUCUUAGAUGACAUCUUAAGACAUCUUAAGCUUUUGCAUAGAAAACUCCUUUCAGGCAUUUGUUAAGAACUUUUUUAUACUUAAAGUAUUAGGAAUAUCUUGCACUGUAUCCCUUUAAGUGCCAUGUCAGAAUACUACAUUUUUAUAUUACCAUUUUUCCUUUUCAGCUGUAACUUCUAUUUCAUACAUCUUUACUUUUAUACAAUGGAACUUAAC